UCGUGAUAAGUUUAAUCAUGGCUCCUGGAAUAGCAAGCACUGGAAGAUCCGGAGCAGAGGAGCGGGAUCUGGAGGGAAACACUGCUUAAGGAAACACGUCCGGUGUCCGGAGAGAGAGAGAGAGAGAGAGAGAGAGAGAGGAGGAGAGCGCGAGAGCAGAAACAGAGCAGAGCUGCCGCCUGCCACACGGAGAAGCGCGCGCGCACACGGACGGCAGAAGAGCUGUUUGUUUCAUCCAACGGACCUUAUACUCGUGUUUGAGGAAUAUACUUUGAAUUUGCGUGGGGAAUUUUCUGUCUGCUUUAAGACUCUGUGGAGAGAAAACGGGACACGACAGAAGAGAGAGAGAGGGAGAGAGAGAGAGAGAGAGAGAGGGGACGCGGCUGCUGUUCAGAGCGAGCGCGCGCGCACGAGAUACAGAGAACCUAGAGCAUCAAUGCAUGGAGAGAGCGUGAGUUUAAAAUGCGCACCGCUCACGUUAUCCUGCUCUGAUUUUAGGGGAAAAAAAAGAGAACACUUCAGGUGUGUGUCGAUGCUGCGGUGAGCUGCUAGGAGUCGAGGUGUGUGGAGUGUGAGCUCAGGUCAUGGUGCCACAUCACACACGGUCGUCUCGUUUCCACAGCGCGGCCGGCCUGCUGCUGCUGCUCGGACUCGCUGCACAUAUACGGGGAGACAGCAUGCCCAGCUUCAUUAAGUCUCCAGAGGAUCAGACUGGCAUUUCUGGAGGCGUUGCAUCUUUCGUGUGCCAGGCAGUUGGCGAGCCCAAGCCACGUAUCACAUGGAUGAAGAAGGGCAAGAAAGUCAGCUCACAGCGCUUUGAGGUGAUUGAAUUUGAUGAUGGCUCAGGGUCAGUGUUAAGGAUCCAGCCCCUGAGGACGCACCGAGAUGAGGCAAUCUACGAGUGCACAGCCACUAACAGCAUGGGGGAAAUUAACACCAGUGCCAAGCUCACUGUCUUGGAAGAGGACCAGAUCCCUCACGGUUUCCCCACCAUAGACAUGGGUCCUCAACUGAAGGUGGUGGAGAGGACCCGCACAGCCACCAUUCUGUGUGCAGCAAGCGGGAACCCAGACCCUGAAAUCUUCUGGUUUAAAGACUUUCUCCCUGUCGACAUCAACGGCAGCAAUGGGCGAAUCAAACAGCUGCGCUCAGGUGGUACACCAAUCAGAGGUGCGUUGCAGAUAGAGAACAGCGAGGAAUCAGAUCAGGGAAAAUAUGAGUGUGUGGCGACGAACAGCGCCGGGACACGAUACUCCGCUCCGGCUAAUCUCUAUGUCAGAGACCAGCGGGAAGUCAGGCGAGUUCCACCGCGCUUCUCCAUUCCCCCUACCAAUCAUGAGGUGAUGCCCGGUGGCAGCAUCAACCUUACGUGCGUCGCUGUCGGCGCCCCAAUGCCUUUUGUCAAGUGGAUGAAGGGUGACACGGAGCUGACCAAAGAAGAAGAGAUGCCCAUUGGACGCAACGUGCUGGAGCUCAACAACAUCCGCCAGUCAGCCAACUACACCUGUGUGGCUAUGUCCUCAUUGGGCAUGAUCGAGACCACUGCGCAAAUCAUCGUCAAAGCCCUCCCUCGCCCCCCCAUCUCUCUAAUGGUGACUGAAACCACAGCGACCAGCGUGACUCUGACAUGGGAUUCUGGGAACCCAGAGCCAGUCUCAUACUAUGUCAUCCAGUACCGUGCCAAACACUCUGACAACGGCGGAUUCCAGGAAGUGGACGGUGUGGCAUCAACACGCUACAGCAUCGGUGGAUUGAGUCCAUUCUCACCAUACGAGUUCCGUGUCAUGGCCGUGAACAACGUGGGGCGUGGCCUGCCAAGCACGUCUGUGGAAACACGGACUGGCGAGCAGGCACCAUCGUCUCCUCCGCUGAGGGUGCGGGCCAGGAUGCUGAGCUCAAGCACGGCGCUGGUGCAGUGGGAGCCGCCCGAGGAGCCAAACGGCCUCAUCAGGGGCUACAGAGUAUAUUACACACAUGAUGCGCACUCAUACGCGCCACUCAGUGCCUGGUACAAGCACAACACAGCUGACGCAGCACAGCUGGCCACCAUCUCGAACCUGGUGCCUGGUACCACCUACAGCCUACGUGUGCUGGCAUUCACAGCUGUGGGAGAUGGACCACCAUCCCCCACACUGCAGAUUAAAACACUGCAGGGAGUUCCAGCCCAGCCAAGUGAAUUCGAGGCAGAGGCGGAGCUCGACACUCGGAUCAUGCUGCGUUGGCUUUGGCCUGUUCAGGACCAGAUCAUUAAAUAUGAGCUCACCUACUGGGAAGCCGACUCUGGACACAAGAACCAUGUGACCUUUGACCCGGCUGGUUCAUAUGCUGUGGAAGGCCUGAAGCCCGACACUCUGUAUAAAUUCACGCUGGCUGCGCGCUCUGGAAUGGGUUUAGGCUUGUACACACAGCCCAUUGAGGCUCGCACGGCCCAGUCCACCCCAUCCGCCCCUCCUCAGGACGUGCAGCUUCUCAGCCUCUCUUCUACCAGCAUCAAGGUGAGUUGGAUGGCGCCUCCUGUUGCCAGUCGCCAUGGGAACAUUGUCCGCUAUUCCCUGGCCUACCAGGCGCCCUCGGGGGAGGACCAAGAGCGCCAUGAGGUGACGGACAUCCCUGCCGAUGCCACCAGCUAUGUGCUUGAGGACCUGGAGAAAUGGACAUUGUACCAGGUGUGGGUUAAAGCCCAUACUGAUGUCGGGCCAGGCCCUGAGAGCAGCAGCACCUGCAUCCGGACUCAAGAGGAUGUGCCUGGAGCUCCUCCGCGCAGGGUGGAAGUGGACGCAGUGAACUCUACAGCACUCCAUGUGGCCUGGAAGCCUCCACUGGUGCAGAAGCAGCAUGGAGAGAUUCGCGGUUAUCAGGUGGUUUACUCCCGUGUGGAGGACGGAGAACCUCGAGGACAGCCCACUAUUCUGGACAUAGCCCUGCCCGAUGCUCAGGAGGCCUACAUCACAGGGUUGCAGGCAGAGACAUCAUACUCAGUUACCGUGGCAGCGUACACAACUAAAGGUGAUGGGGCUCGGAGUAAAGCCAAGGUGGUCACCACUACAGGGGCAGUGCCAGGUAAGCCCACUAUGAUCAUCAGCACUACAGUGGGUAACACAGCUCUGAUCCAGUGGCAGCCUCCAAAAGAGACGUUCGGCGAGCUGUUGGGCUUCAGACUGCAGUAUAAACGCCAGGACGACAAUGAUAAUGAUGACAAAGAUGACAAUGAUGAAGGCUCGUUCAUCACGCGCCACUUCAUGCGCACCGAUGACCACUUCACCGUCACCGGGCUGCUCAAGGGCUCCACUUAUAGCUUCAGACUGAGUGCCAAGAACCGAGCCGGCCACGGAGAGGAGCACGUUAAAGAGGUCACAACCCCUGAGGACACACCUAGUGGUUACCCACAAAACCUGAGUGUGGUGGGAUUGAGCUCCACCUCAACAACUCUGGCAUGGGCACCACCACCCCUGGGGCAGAGAAAUGGCAAAAUUGUGCGCUAUGAUAUUGUGUACCGUGACAUCAACAGUGUAAAGAAUCAAACCAACAGUACAACAGAGACACGCAUGAGCAUCAGCGGCCUGAAGCCUGACACUACCUACGACAUCAGAGUGAGAGCCUUCACCAGGAAGGGACCAGGACCUUUCAGCCCCAGCAUUCAGAGCAGGACCAUGGCCACAUCUGUGCCUGAAUUUGCCAAAAACUUUGGGGUGAAAGCAGCAACAAAGACCUCAGUACUGCUCACGUGGGAGGUGCCUGAAACCUACAAGCCUCAAGUGCCUUUUAAGAUCCUGUAUAACCAGCAGAGCGUGGAGGUGCAGGGCGAUCUACGGAGGAAACUGAUCACCCGUCUUCAGCCCGACACCGAGUACUCGUUUGUGCUGAUGAACAGAGGCAGCAGCGCCGGAGGACUGCAGCAGCAAGUGUCCAUCCGCACAGCCCCGGACUUGCUUGACAAAAAGCCCAGCCGCUCGGCCCAUGAGUCUGCUGUGGGUGGAAGAGUCACUCUAACCUUGCCCACAGUGACCGCCAGUGCCUCUGCACAUAUCAGGUGGUACUACAUAGUGGUGGUGCCCAUGAGUCAAGCUACAUUGCGCCACUGGGAAAGUCCAGAGGACAUCGACCUGGAUGAGUUGUUAGAGGGUGGUGGAGAUUCAACUGUGAUGAAGAGGAAGAGGAGGCAGAGUGACGACUCCCUGAAGCCAUACAUCGCUGCAAGGCUGCACACGCUGCCGGAGAGCUUCACACUCGGAGACGAGCGACACUACAGUGGCUUCUACAACAGAGCACUGCUCUCUCAGACUCAGUACCGAACCUUCAUCAUGGCUGCUCUCCAGGAGCACGACUCUAAAAUAUUUGCUACAAGCCCAUUCUCAGACCCCAUCAUGGUGCAGGUGCACAUGUCUCGACACGCAGAAGAUCCGGAGAUGCUCUGGGUGAUGGGGCCGGUGCUGGCUGUCGUGCUCAUCAUCAUUAUCGUCAUCGCCAUCCUUCUAUUCAAGAGGAAGCGAGCAUCUCCCUCAGUGAAGGAUGAACACACAGCCGGAGUGAAGGACCAUCUGCUGGCCCACUCGUCUGAUCCCGUAGAGAUGAGGAGACUAAACUACCAAACACAGGGUUCCAGUGACCCAAGUUGUCCAGACACUCCAAGGAUGAGAGAGCACCCGCCCAUCCCCGUCUGUGACCUGGCCGAACACAUUGAGCGGCUCAAAGCCAAUGACAACCUCCGAUUCUCUCAGGAAUAUGAGUCAAUUGAUCCCGGGCAGCAAUUCACCUGGGAACACUCCAACCUCGAAGUGAACAAGCCAAAAAACCGCUACGCUAACGUCAUUGCCUACGAUCACUCCAGAGUUGUCCUGUCACCCAUCGAUGCUAUACCAGGAAGCGACUACAUUAACGCAAACUACAUAGAUGGAUACAGGAAGCAGAAUGCCUACAUCGCUACACAGGGCCCCCUGCCUGAGACUGUCAGUGAUUUCUGGAGGAUGCUGUGGGAGCAGAGGAGCAGCACCAUCAUCAUGAUGACCCGACUGGAGGAGAAGUCUAGAGUGAAGUGUGAUCAGUACUGGCCGAGUCGGGGAACAGAGACGUACGGCAUGAUUCAGGUCACACUGCUGGACACGGUGGAGCUUGCUACAUACAGUGUCAGAACCUUUACUAUGUACAAGAGUGGCUCCAGUGAAAAGAGGGAGGUGAGGCAGUUCCAGUUCAUGGUGUGGCCGGAUCAUGGGGUGCCUGAGUAUCCUACACCCAUCCUGGCCUUCAUGCGCCGAGUCAAAGCUUGUAACCCACCAGACGCUGGACCCAUGGUGGUGCACUGCAGUGCGGGCGUGGGCCGGACAGGCUGCUUCAUCGUGAUCGAUGCCAUGCUGGAGCGCAUGAAGCACGAGCAAGUAGUGGACGUGUACGGUCAUGUGACCCUGAUGCGCUCUCAGAGGAACUACAUGGUGCAAACGGAGGAUCAGUAUGUCUUCAUCCAUGACGCGCUGCUGGAGGCAGCCGUCUGUGCACACACCGAGGUCCCUGCACGCAGCCUUUACUCACACCUCCAGAAACUCACAAACACACCUCCGGGGGAGACCGUCACUGCCAUGGAGCUGGAGUUCAAGAAACUGGCCAACUCCAAAGCACACACCUCCCGGUUCAUCAGUGCCAACCUGCCAUGCAACAAGUUCAAAAACCGGCUCGUCAACAUCAUGCCAUACGAGUCGAGCCGAGUGUGUUUGCAGCCCAUCAGAGGAGUGGAGGGAUCCGACUACAUCAAUGCCAGCUUCAUCGACGGAUAUAGGCAGCAGAAGGCAUACAUAGCGACACAGGGUCCUCUGGCUGAGACCACAGAGGACUUCUGGAGAAUGCUUUGGGAGCACAAUUCCACCAUUGUAGUCAUGCUGACCAAACUUAGAGAGAUGGGAAGGGAGAAGUGCCAUCAGUACUGGCCAGCUGAGCGCUCAGCACGUUAUCAGUACUUUGUGGUGGACCCGAUGGCUGAAUACAACAUGCCACAGUACAUCCUGAGAGAGUUCAAAGUCACUGAUGCCAGGGAUGGCCAAUCCAGGACCAUCCGGCAGUUCCAGUUCACUGAUUGGCCAGAGCAGGGUGUGCCAAAGACGGGGGAGGGAUUUAUCGACUUUAUUGGCCAGGUGCACAAAACCAAGGAGCAGUUUGGCCAGGACGGACCAAUUACUGUUCACUGCAGUGCCGGCGUGGGUCGUACAGGAGUGUUCAUCACUCUGAGUAUCGUACUGGAGAGGAUGAGAUAUGAGGGAGUGGUGGAUCUGUUCCAAACCAUCAAAACACUGCGCACUCAGAGGCCAGCCAUGGUACAGACUGAGGACCAGUAUCAGCUGUGCUACCGAGCAGCUCUUGAGUACCUGGGCAGCUUUGAUCACUAUGCAACAUAACCACUCGUCUGAAAACCUCCGGAAAGCCCUGAAACGCCCCUCAGGAGAGCAGGCGGAUCAUUCUGAGCUACAACCCACACUCCACCGAUUCAGUUUAGGGGUUUAAAGAGAGAGAGGGAGAGAGAGGGGGAGUGAGAGAGACGAGAAAGUACAGGAAAAUGUGAAUGGCAAGCAGGGCGCUUACAACUCCUUCUAGUCCUGCAUCCAUUCCUCUUUCCGAACACAAAAGUGCCGCUCUGGUGUCAAUAUUACAAAAAAAAAAACAUGUUAUAGCAUAAUCUCUGAAUCCUGCUGAGACUGAAAAUCUUACUAAUUUUUCUUUUAAUCAUUGUUGUCAUAUUAAUCAUCAUUACCAUUAUUAUUAUUAAUUAUUAUUAUGACCAUACAAUAUACAACACAACUAUGUAAUUGUUGUCAUUUAUACUGGUAUCUGUAAUGGGUCUAUUUUUAUUCUUUUUUAUCCUUUUUAUUUUUUAUAUACAUAUUUUAAAAUAAUCAUUUAUUAUUUCAUGUUAUUGUUAUCACCAUAUGGUCUUAUAUGUUUAGUACAUGGGCGUGUAUUUUAACACGACCUGAAUACACUGAGCUGCUGAUCACGUCUUUGUUAAUAUCGUUAUGUUAUUUUAAUGAGACUGCGAUUAUUCAGCGGGGGAGGGGAAGAACUUCUGUACACCUUUUCUUCUGGCACCUUUUUAGAACAAAUUAUGUGACUUCAAUAUGAUAUUAAAUGAUGUGAAUCCAGAGUCAGUGAGCAGUGAUCAUGAGAUCUGGGAAUGAUACAGUGUAUAAACUGCGAGUUUGCAGGAAAUUAGGCCAAAACUGAUCAGACGUACCAGACAUGUACCAUUCUAUUCCUUAAAGGUUGGGUCAGCGAUUUUUAAAGUCAAAACAUGUUUUGUAAUAUUUAAUGAAGCCCUUCUCACAUCCAAGCAGCUACCUGUAAAAUAUAGUGGAGGGAAUACUUAGUGGAUGGGCUGUAUUUAUUUGGAUUUUAAGUUUCACAACAGGUAGCAUUAGCUAGCUGUUGAGGAUCCAUUUGCACAAAGUUGUGGCCAACAGAGCAGAAAUGAAAUCCAAACUCAACAUAUAGGCAGGCAAAAGGUCAAAGCACAUUUGGUCAUAAACUUAAAUAUCCAAGACAAGGGCUCAAACAUGAUAUAGCAAGCAGAGCAAACAAGGCUCUGAACAGAACAGUUGGCUCUGAACAGUUGUACAGAAAGGCAAGACUUCGCAACGAGUAAAUGUCCAUGAACUUUUUAUAUAUAUGCUAAAACCAGGAAGUAAUCCAGAAGUGACUGUUAGAGGUCGCACUAGUAUGCCAGUGAGCACAAAACCUCUACUGGGAAGUGAAUGUCCUUGUUACGCUAACUUCUCCAAAAAAAUCGCUGACUAUACCUUUAAAAAACUGUUAAAAUAUCCACGAUAACAAUGAGGCUUCUGACCAGAGCAUCAUAAUUGUGAUGAUGUUACUAGCCAUGUGCAGGUCUAACAUGAAGUCUUCACUCCAUACAAAGCCCCACACACACACACCAACAGAGUGUAGUGAUACAAAACAAAAAAGUACAGCACAAUUAAUACAACACAUAAUAAACAAGGUAUUUACAGCAAGACAUAACACUAAAUUUGGGAUGUCUAAGAGUGUCCAAAAUUUUAGCAGGGUAACACAAUGUUUAAUACUGUGCUGUUAUCAGGAUUAUUUCGUGGUUGAUUAUAAGCCACAGCGUAGAAGAGUCUGCUGAAUCUACUGAUCCUGAAGUCCCUACACAUGGUAUUUUCACAUACCGUCAUCAUCGUCUGAUCAUAUGUCACUGUGGCUCGGAAGGACAAUAUCACAACAUAACCAAGAAGAAUCACCGGCUAGAGAAACUCGAGCGCUUAACUUCUCUGAAGGCUAAAAGUGAGGUGGAUUUAAACACACUGGACCACUCAGCGUUUCCUUUGAGAUGUGAGAGGCUUCGUUCGCUCUGUUGGACAUGCAGUUUGUUUUCUAUUUGUUAAUAAAACAGAAGAGAGAGAGAGAGGAAAUAUGUUCCAAAUACCUUGAUGUUAAUAAAGUUGAAUAAUUGGGUUUUGUA